AUGCCCUGGUUCAAGGGCUCCUCUUGCGACGAAGACGCCUGCGCAGCCGUCGACCCCAACGCGCCCUCCACGCUCGGCCUCCUGCUCGCCCUCUCGCCCUUCAUCAUCACCUUCGCCGUCGCCGCCGCCGUCGCGGACCGGAACAUCUUCCCCAAGCUCGCCCGGGUCCACGAUGCGCACGACGGCGAGGAGCACUACCUGCCGUCGCACGCCCCGCCGAGCCUGAGGCAGGCGCACGCCGAGCACGGCCAGAAGAGCCCGCGGCGGAGGGUCGCGGCCGCCGUCUUCUGCGUCACGGUCGCGCUGGCGACGGUCCUGGGGGAGCUGAUACUCUGCGAGGUCUCGGACGUCGUGGGCGCCAGGGCGAGGGAGGCCGCGCUGCGGUUCACCGUCCCGACGCUGCUCGUGCUGCUCGUCGGCGUCAUCCCGUUCCUGGAGAUACAGAGCGUCGUCUCGGGCACGUUCGGCUGGAGGUUCCAGCGCAACAGCAAGGGCAGGAUACCGCGGUUCGCGUGGGGCGUGCAGAUGUGCGCCUUCGCCGGGUGGCUGUUUGCGUUUUGGAGCCUGGGGGGCAUGGUCGGGCUCGACAAGACGAAGACCGCCGGCGGAGGCGUGCUGAGGGCCUGUCUGGAGCGGAUCGGCGUCAUUGGGAUAUCGCUGAUGGCCAUGCUGAGCGGUUUCGCCGCCGUCUCGACCCCGUGGCACACCCUCGGCGCCGUCUCUGAGAGGAGGAAACGCCCCGUCACGGAGACGGACAUCGCGAGGAAGCAGGCCGGCUUGGACGCCACGAACGAGAUGCUGCUCACCAAGAGGCACCGUCUGCAGGCGCUGGAGAGGAAGGCGAGCGAGGCGCAGGCCGCGGCGUCGUCGAGCUCGGGGGGCUUCAUGGGCAAGAUGCUCGGUGCGGUCAGGGGCAUGGGAGGCGACGAGGCGGAGAUGAAGGCCCUGAGGCUGGAGAUCGCGGGGCUGGAGACGAUGGAGGCCAACCUCGAGGCGAGCGUGGGCAUGAUGAGGAACCGGCGCGACGCCGACGCCAGGGCCGCCACGACGCUGGGCAAGGUCCUCGCCGUGCCGCACUACGUCUUCAGCCUGUACUGCCUCUACCGCAUCCUGGCCACCACCCUCGCGACGCUCAGGAGGGCGUACUACCCCGCGGCCAGCUUCAGCUCCUCGGACCCGAUCAACAGGUUCCUGGGCCUCCUGGCGCGGCACUGGGACCCGAAGCUCGACCAGAUCGCCUGGGCGCGCCAGAUCAGCUUCCUGCUGUCGGGCGUCAUCCUCGCCGCCAGCGCCAACAGCGUCCUGCAGACCUUCCACCUCUUCUCCAAGUGGAUGCCGGGCCUGCUGUACCAGGCGCAGGCGAACCUCGCGCUGGUGAUCGGGCAGGUCGCCGCCGUCUACGUCAUCAGCGCCGCGCUGCUGCUGCGGAGCAACCUGCCGAGGGAGAUGGGCAGCGCGGUGGGCGACGCGCUCGAGGGCGCGCUGGAGCCGCGGUUCGUGGACUGGUGGUUCGAGGGGUGGUUCCUGGGCAGCUGCGCCGUCACGGGCGUCGGCGUGUGGAUCUCGAGGAAGAUCGGGAGGGACGAGUGGGACGAUUUCGGGGCCGAGGAGAUGGGGCCGAAGAGGAUGUAG